AUGCUCUUGUUGAAUGCGUCAUCAUAUGUCUUCAUCGUAACUUUAUAUGGAGGCAUCGGUGUGUGCGACAUUGUGGGCUCUGUUGGGCCGGAAUUCAGCCCCAAUGUGCAUUUGCAGCUGGAUGUGAUGCCACUGAAGGCAUCGUUGCAUUUUCUGCCCCAGCAGAUGGAAACAUGCGUUGAGUUGAGGUCGCCAUUUGAAGAUUGCACCGAGUUGGUGUUUACGUUUGCAGUUGACGAUACUAUACCAACAAAUGGAAAUUCGGGAAGGCUCAGCAGAAUGCAAAGUAGGAUUAGCAAACAGGCAUUAAGUUUUCAAAUCAUUAAUUCAGAAACUAGAGAAAAAAUUAGAGGUAAAAGGUGUCUCAAGGCCGGUACGACUAUUGUGGAGAUUGAUUCGCGUGGUUACAAUUAUUUUACAGUAUGUUUUAUUAAUCUCAGUUUUGAUUCCUCGUGGACCGCUAUAGACACAGUGAAAAAUGUCGAUAUCAAGGUGACUGCUAAUGAUUUUGAAAGCAAUCCGUCAGAGCUAGCGCGACAAAUGAAGGACGAUACCAUACUGAUCCUCCAAAAUUCUGCCGAAAUGCUAACUGAAAUCGCAGACACAGACAAGAGUACAAAUCUGAUCACAAUGGAAAGCUAUCGAAGAGAUCUAAAUGAAGAAGUGUUUUCUAAACUGUUGUAUUCGGAGAUCAUCUUUAUUAUUGCGCUUUUAGCCUCCCAGUUGCUGGUAGCAUCUUAUCUCAUAAAAGAAAAUGGUUAA